UGCUUUCCUUGCUGAUUAAAAACUCUGUUAAGGGCAAAAACUGGAGGAACUUCCCAUUCUAAAUCCGUCCUCCUUUUUUGCUCUUCCCAGAUUAUUCACCCAUAUUUAAUCCCUAAUUAACAUCCAAAUUCCAUCAAUUCUAUAAUCCAAAACUCCGUUUGGUGUGUUGGAAAGGGGAAAAACACCAUGGCCGAAGAGCACGGAUUCGAAUCGCCCGAAGGCCACCGCCUGUGCGCCAAUAACUGCGGAUUCUUCGGCAGUCCAGCCACGCAGAAUUUCUGCUCCAAGUGCUAUCACGAUCUCUGCCUCGAAAAUUCCGCCGAUUCCACCUCCGUCUUCCUCGCCCCGUUGACCGGCGGGUCCUCCUCCUCUCCGGCGCAUCACACGGCGGCGCCGGCUGUCGCGAUCUCCCUCCCUGAGAAGGCUCAGAUCCAGGCUGCGCCGGUGGCGGUGGCGACGGCGAACAGGUGCUCGGCGUGCAGGAAGAAGGUCGGGUUGACCGGAUUCCGGUGCCGGUGCGGAGUGACGUUCUGCGGGACCCACAGGUACCCCGAGAAGCACGACUGCACCUUCGAUUUCAAGUCGGUGGGGCGGGAGGCCAUCGCGAAGGCCAAUCCGCUGGUCAAAGCAGAGAAAUUGGAGAGGAUAUGAUGAUUAAGCUUAGAUUUAAUUUUUCAUUCAUUUCGAUGUUGAUGAAUGAAUGAGUGGAUGGUGAAUUCAACUAAGCAGAUCGAUCGAUCCUUCCGUUUUAGAUUUGGCCGCCGUUGUAGUGAAUUCGAUGUGUAUAAUUUUUACAUUUUCUUAAAUUUACUAUAAUAACCUCUUCUCAUUUACGAUUCA